UUUUAGGAUUGGGCACAUCUGCGCAAACUUCUUGCCGCAACCCGCUGCAUUAUCGCAAAACAUCGAGCUCGGCAUUAGUCGCUUCGAGCCGAGCCGUCAUAAGAGAAGAACAGCAGAAUAUGGCACCAUUGACAGGUGUUGAGAUCGCAAAGCACAACAAGCCCGACGACUGUUGGGUAAUCGUUCAUGGAAGAGCAUAUGAUGUCACCGAGUUCCUGCCGGAACACCCGGGAGGGACCAAGAUCAUCCUCAAAUAUGCGGGCAAAGAUGCCACAGAGGAGUUCGACCCCAUCCACCCGCCUGAUACCCUGGAAAAGUACCUGCCCAAGUCCAAGCACCUGGGUCCGGUAGACAUGUCGACGGUAGUCCAGGAGAAGGCCGAGGAAUCCCCGGAGGAGAAGGAGCGGAUGAAGCGCAUUCAGGAAAUGCCCGCCCUCGAACAGUGCUACAACCUUCUCGACUUCGAAGCCGUCGCUCGCAGGGUCAUGAAGAAGACGGCGUGGGGGUACUACUCCAGCGCGGCCGAUGACGAGAUUACGCUCCGCGAGAACCACUCUGCUUUCCACCGCAUCUGGUUCCGGCCCCGGAUCCUGGUCGACGUCGAGAAGGUCGACUUUAGCACCACCAUGCUGGGCACGCCCUGCUCCGUCCCGUUCUACAUCACCGCCACCGCCCUGGGCAAGCUCGGUCACGUCGAGGGCGAAGUCGUGCUCACGCGGGCGGCGCACAAGCACAAUGUGAUCCAGAUGAUCCCGACGCUCGCCUCGUGCGCCUUUGACGAGAUCGUGGACGCCGCCGGCCCGGGCCAGGUCCAGUGGCUGCAGCUGUACGUCAACAAGGACCGGGCCAUCACGCAGCGCAUCGUGCAGCACGCCGAGAAGCGCGGAUGCAAGGGCCUCUUCAUCACGGUGGACGCGCCGCAGCUGGGCCGCCGCGAGAAGGACAUGCGGAUGAAGUUCACGGAGCAGGGCAGCAACGUGCAGAGCGGCCAGGCGACCGACACGUCGCAGGGUGCGGCCCGGGCCAUUAGCAGCUUCAUCGACCCGGCCCUGAGCUGGGCCGACAUCCCAUGGUUCCGCUCCAUCACCAAGAUGCCCAUCGUGCUCAAGGGCGUCCAGCGGGUCGAGGACGUGGUGCGCGCCGCCGAGGCCGGCGUCCAGGGCGUCGUCCUGUCCAACCACGGCGGCCGCCAGCUCGAGUUCGCCCGGUCCGGCAUCGAGAUCCUGGCCGAGACCAUGCCGGUCCUGCGCAAGCUCGGGCUCGACAACAAGAUCGAGGUCUACAUCGACGGCGGCAUCCGGCGCGCCACCGAUAUCCUCAAAGCCCUCUGCCUCGGCGCCAAGGGCGUCGGCAUCGGCCGCCCCUUCCUGUACGCCAUGUCGGCCUACGGCCAAGAGGGCGUCGAGCGCGCCAUGCAGCUGCUCAAGGACGAGAUGGAGAUGGGCAUGCGCCUGAUCGGCGCCCAGACCAUCGCCGACCUGAACCCCUCCAUGGUCGACGCCCGCAGCCUCUUCAACCACAGCUCGCCACCCCUCGACAGCCUGUCUCACGCCGUGUACGAACCCCUCGUAAACCCGUCGCAGAGGUUGUCGGUAACGGGGGAGAAGGCGAAGCUGUGAAGGAAAGGGGAAAGGGGAGGAAUCUUGGGUGGAGACGUGACAUGUGCCUGAUUUCUUUCACCAAAAGAGAUUUACGGAGUACACAUGGCAGAGCGUUGAC